AUGAGAAAUACCUCCCGGGCCUUGUCCUUCAUAUUCCAGCCUACUGUUGGAGAGCUAGUCGAUGAGAUCACAAUCUGGCUCAACGGCGGCCUAGGUUGUAGUUCACUCGAAGGGUUUCUUCCAUACUCUUGGGUAAACCUCACAGAUGUUCUCUGGGUUGAGCAGUUUGUCGGUACUGGCUUCUUAAUCGGCGAAGUCACAGCUGCAAGCGAGGAAGAUAUUGCGAAGGAUUUCGCAGACUUCUUCCCGAACUUCCAAGAAAUAUUUGGCAUGUCCAAGUUCAAAAUAUUCAUCACUAGCGGAAUUUAUGCAGGCCGCCAUGCUCCAUAG